ACCAGCAACCAUGGGUGAUGGGGAGAUGGCCUGUUUUGAAGACGCUGCACAGUUUCUCCGGAAAUCUGAGAAAGAACAAUUGGAAGCCCAAAACAGGCCAUUCAAUGCCAAGAACACCUGCUUCGUAGAUGACCAAAAAGAGCUGUACGUCAAAGGUAUAGUCACAGCUCGUAUAGAUGGCAAAAUCACCGUAAAAACCGACGAUGGAAGGACUCUAACUGUAAAAGACAGUCAAGUUUACCCCCAACAUCCCCCCAAGUACGACAAAACUGAAGACAUGGCCAUGAUGACCCAUCUGAAUGAAGCGUCUGUAUUGUAUAACCUCAAAGAACGUUAUGCAGCAUGGAUGAUCUACCGAAUAUCCUGGAUAAAGCAUCUGCCUUCCGGUUUCUUGUCCCAGGCCAAUACAUGA